AUGGUCAGCGCACGGACCCUCCUCCUCACCAUCAGCUGCUGCUGCGCCUUCCUGCAGAGCGCGCGCGCCCAGGACUCUGUGGAGACGCGCUCCUUGGAUUUCUCCCUGAAGACACAGCAGGAGAAGGACCUGAUCGAUGCCCUGCAGGGAGUUUUGGAGAAGCUGAGAAACAAAGAAAUGCCCUCAGAGAAGAAGCUUGGCUGGCUGCCUUCUUGCGACGCAGGGGAGCCGUGCGCCGUGCGUAAAGGCGCGCGGAUCGGCACGCUGUGCGGCUGCCCACGAGGGACUUCCUGUAACUUCUUGGUUCUCAAAUGUUUAUAA